AGUUCCAUCCAUUUACCCUUCACAAUGGACCUUCACCUUUCUUAUCGCAUAACAGACCAAGACAUAGUGAAAGAAGAGCCAGUGAAACUGUUUUCUCCCCAGAAUCCCACCCCAGAGGAAACAAUUUUCCUGUCCAAUAUAGACCAAGCAGUGACUUUCCCAGUUGAAACACUCUACUUCUUUGAAGUCCCCCCAAGUAAGAGCUCCUCAACAUUGGGAAUCUCUGAAAAAGUGAAGCAGGCAGUGGCUGAUGUGCUUCUUGUGCCUUACUAUUUCAUGGCUGGCAGGCUCAACUUAGACCCACAAACUAAAAGAUUGCAGCUGCUCUGCAACAAUGCUGGGGUUCUGUUUGUGUCUGCAAAAUCAAGGCUCAUGUUGAGGGAUCUGGGUGACCUUACUCUCCCAAAUUCUUCAUUUCGUCUUCUCGUCCAUGGCCCUGGCCUGUACAAAAGUCUAGACAUCACAGCACUUUUCACUACACAGGUAACAAGGUUUGCUUGUGGAGGUUUUUCAAUUGGGUUUGUGACAAAUCAUGGUAUUCUUGAUGGGAAAUCAGCUGGUGAGAUGUUUGAGAACCUUGCUUCUGUUUGCAGAGGUGAAGGGCUAAGAACACAAGUCAUCUACAAUGACCGAACAAGUUUAAAAGCAAGAAAUCCACCAGUAAUCAGAUAUCCACAUAAGGAAUAUUUAAAAUUAAAAGAUGUUUCAUCCCUUGCCUCAUGUUUCACUGCACCAGGACAAUCCUCUCCAUCUCCAUUGAUUUUCUCCAAUAAGUAUGUCCACAAACUGUUCUAUUUUACUCCUGAAAUGAUCACCGCACUCAAAAAGAAAGCAAUUACUAGGUGCUCAAGCUUUGAGGCCAUGACAGCUCAUGUUUGGAGAGCAAGAGCAAGUGCAAUAUUCUCAAACCAAGACGACUUUUCUACAGUUCUUUUUGCAGUGGACAUAAGGUCUAAGAUUUCACCACCUUUGCCAAAUGGGUUUGCAGGAAAUGCUGUUGUCACAGCAUUUGCUAGCGCAAAAGUGGUUGAUAUGGUUGAGAAGCCAUUUUCCUUCUGUGUUGAGAAGAUUAAGGAAGCUAGAGAAAGACUGACAGAUGAUUAUGUAAAGUCAGUGAUAGACUGGUUGGAGGUGUACAGAGGGGUUCCAGCCACUUGUAAUGGGACUUUCUAUGUGUCUGCCUGGUGGAAACUGCCAUUCAAUGAACUAGAUUUUGGAUUUGGGAAGCCUGUUCAUGGAGGGCCAGUUGUGAGUGGGAAUGAUGAAUUUGUGCUCUUUCUUUCUGACAGAAAGAGUGGAAAUCAAAAUGGUGGUGGGAUUAAUGUGUGGUUAGGUCUUGAAAAAGAGAAUAUGGAGAGGCUAAUGGUUUACAUUACUGAAAUAUGACAUCUAAGUUCUCCAGGAAUUCAGACUGAGAACUGUCUAUUGUCAUUGUAACAACCUGACUCAAUCAAAAGCAAAUAUUCAUGGAUCUUCAAUAAAAAAUCAAACCUUUC